AGGAAACCCGGAAGUAGGUCUCGAGUGUCUGCUGCUGUUGUUGACAUUGCGCUUAAGCCUCUUCUGGCUAAUUCGCACUCACAGUGUAAUCUAAUUUUAAGUGUCUUUGGUCAGUUAUAGUUUAGUUUAGAGUAAAGAUCACUCGAACAAGUGUCCCGUAAAGCAUUCAUAAACAGCUAACAGCUAGCAUUUCGCUUCUGGUGAACGCACAAUGGCAGCUAAUUAAAUCAUGGUCAUCAAGCUAUAGAUCAAAUACCAGUUUGAGUUCGUGUCUGCAGCCUGCGGAACUACACGUUAAAGAUGGCUGUGGAGCUGGAUGUUUUUGUGGGUAAUACCACCAUUAUGGACGAAGAGGUUUACCAGCUCUGGUUAGAUGGUUACACAGUGAAUGAUGCUGUGAAGGUGAGAAUGGAAGGGGGUGUGCUGGAGGAGUGUGAGGCUAGUGCUGAUGUGCUGCUCAGUGACACCAUGGAUCAGUACAGGACCUUCCAGAUGUGUGAGCGUCUACUGCACAGUCCCGCCAAACUGGCCAAUCAGCUGCUUUUUCAGAUUCCCCCUCAUAGACAAGCAAUGCUUAUAGAGAGGUACUAUACUUUUGAUGAUACAUUUGUCCGGGAGGUUCUGGGAAAGAAACUUUCUAAAGGAACCAAGAAAGACUUGGAUGAUAUCAGCAGCAAAACCGGUGUAACCCUUAAAAGCUGCAGAAGACAAUUUGACAACUUCAAGAGGGUUUUCAAAGUGGUGGAGGAACUAAAAGGACCCCUAGUGGAGAAUAUCCGUCAACAUUUUCUUCUGUCAGACAAACUUGCCAGGGAUUAUGCUGCAAUUGUCUUCUUUGCCAACAAUCGUUUUGAGACGGGGAAAAGAAAGUUGCAGUAUCUAAACUUUCAGGAUUUUGCUUUUUGUGCUGGGCAGCUGAUCAACAAUUGGACAGUGGGUGCUGUUGAUAACAUGGUGGAAGACAUGGAUGUUGAUCUUGACAAAGAGUUUCUUCAAGAGCUAAAAGAGCUAAAAAUACUGAUAACAGAUAAAGACCUACUGGAUCAACACAAAAGUCUUGUUUGUACAGCUUUAAGGGGGAAGACAAAAGCAUUCAACGAAAUGGAAGCUAAUUUCAAAAACCUUUCCCGAGGUCUCGUCAACAUUGCCGCAAAGUUGACCAACACGAAAGAUGUCAGAGAUUUCUUUAUUGACCUUGUGGAAAAGUUUAUCGAGCCUUGCCGUUCAGACCGGUGGACUGCUGCCGACAUGAGACUUUUCCUGACUCACUACACUAACUCAGCACAUAUACUGGAUACAUUCAAACAUCAGAAUGUGUGGGACCGUUACAUGGGCGUGGUGAAAAGCUGUAUCUUCAAAUUGUAUCAUGACUGAGUUUGAUUCACUUUUCUAUGCCUGCUGUCAUUUUUUGCCUCUAGUCUUUGUCUAUAUUCCCUCCUUUUCAUUCUGUUACUAAAUAAAUAUUUUGUUUAUUUGUAAAUUAAAUCAGAUUUACACCUACUUUUUAUAUAUUUUUUUGUUUUAAUUUAAAAUUUUUAGUAACUAAGUGGAGUAGAAGCAAUGGUCCAGACUGGCUGCAUCUCUAGUUUCAGUGUACACUUACAGUAGCAUGGACAUUCCUUUGUUGUAUAUUGCCUUGAUUUGUGAGAGAUAUUCUUAUUACCUCAGGUUUUAAGUUUGCACUCACUUUAUUUUAACGUAUGUGCCACCACUUGUUAUUACAUGAUAAUAUAAGGUUAGUUUAGGCACAAGAGGUUUCAUACUAUCACAUAAGUUUUUUACAUAAUUUUUGUCACAUACCACCACCAUAUUUUUUUUUUACAUAAUACUUAAAGUACAUUAAUUGUAUAAAGUGUACAAUAAAAUAAACGUAUCAAAUUU